AUGAAGCUCGCCACCGGGAAUCCUGCCACCGUCAAGUCCUGUCGCAUCGCAGCCGGAAUGCCAUCCGUCUCCACCUCCGAAGAAGCCUCCGUCUUCAGAUCUGCCACGAGGUCGACGGGGCAACCACCCCGGCCCGAGCACCCUCUACCGCCUCCACGCCGCCUGCGCGACCGAGGAGACGGUCCUCAGCAUCAGCAAGCGCUCCCCGUCGCCAGGGACCACGCCGCCCUCACCUCGCACAGGCCGCCGCCUCGGGUGCCCAAGCCCCCACCGGGAGGAGCGCUGGUCGACCACGCCCUGACCCACGGCUGCUCCGGCAGGAGCAAGACGCAGCAGGGGCGCCGACGUCGCGCCCACUCCCGCACCAGCAGAUCUGGCGCGGCGUUCCUCCUCCUAUCGUCGCGCGCGGAGCCGGGAGCCCAGAUCCUCGCCGCCCCCUUCCUGGGCGACGCGGCCUUCGACCGGCGGCGCCUCCGGGGGCGACGAGGAGGGGAGAUCGAGGCGGGGGGAGCUGGCGGCGGCGGCCUAGGGCCAGGAGGAGGCGACGCGGGGGAGCGAACCGGGGUUACUCAUCCACCUGUUCAUGACUGCACAGCACAGAUGAGUUUCCUCACAAGCUUCGAAUGCCACUUGAAUGCUUUGUCAUGUAUAUAUAUUUCAGGUUUUUGGAAGAUGACGAACUUGUGCGGGAGGGCAGUUUGCUCCAGCCACCAUGUCCUAAUCUCAUGUACAUUCAAGGAAAUAUUCGACUCCUCCACUUGCAUGAAUCAUCUGGUGGCGAUAGCCAUUGCCACGCCGCUCACCCUCGUGCUCAUGCUCCGCUUGCUCAUCGAACUUCGGAAGAGUGUAGCAUCUGCACGCCAGCUCUUCACGCUCACUUCAUCGCUGCAGCUGGCUGCCGUGGUGUUCAAUGCCUGCUUGGGUUCGGUCCAUCUUGUCCGAGGAGUGUGGAUGCUGGGUAGUAACCAGGAUGCUUCUGUUUGCCCGCCACACUUGUGGCUUGCAACACUGUCUCAAGGUUUCAGUUUGCUCCUCACCGCCUUCGCUUGUGCCAUCAGGCGUGGGUUUCUCGGAUUCACGUUCACUCGGUUAUGGUCGUUCUCGCUGACCAUCUAUACCGCAUUCAUCUGUUGUUCCUCGGUUGUCAGCACUGUUGGGGCAAAUGUGGUCACCAUUAAGGCUUGUUUGGAUUUUCUGUCCCUGCCAGGAGCAGUUAUCUUUCUUGUUUACACCAUUCCGAGCACCCAUGAUGAGGAGGGGCAUGAAGAAAACGGGAAAGGUUUAUACAAGCCACUGAAGACCGAUCCAGACAGUGAGGUAGCCGACUCUUCAGAGGUAACCGCCUUUGCUAAAGCCGGUAUCUUGAGCGAGAUGUCAUUCUGGUGGCUGAACCCUUUCAUGAAGAUGGGUUAUGAGAAGCCCCUCGAGGAGAAAGACAUGCCACUAUUAGGCGCCACCGACCGAGCACAAAACCAGUACUUAAUGUUCUUGGAGAAGCUGAAUAGCAACAAGAAGCAUUCGCCUUUGCAGUCAUUUGAUGGCACACCAUCAAUCUUGUGGACUAUCGUUUCUCAUCACAAGCGUGGGAUCAUGGUCUCAGGUAUGUUCGCCUUGCUCAAGGUUCUCACCUUAUCUACAGGCCCGUUGCUUCUCAGGGCAUUCAUCAACGUAUCGACUGGGAAAGGAACCUAUAAACAUGAAGGCUCUAUGCUGGCUGCCAUAAUGUUCAUCUGCAAAUGUUGCGAGUCUUUGUCGCAGAGACAGUGGUAUUUCCGCACACGGAGGUUAGGACUCCAGGUGAGGUCUCUCCUCUCUGCAGCUAUCUAUAAGAAGCAACAGAAGUUGUCAAGCUCAGCAAAGAUGAAGCACUCCUCUGGACAAAUCAUGAACUAUGUGACCGUCGAUGCAUACCGAGUUGGAGAAUUCCCAUACUGGUUCCAUCAAACAUGGACAACCAUUGUUCAGCUUUGCAUCGCUCUGGUGAUUCUUUAUAAUGCAGUUGGUACUGCGAUGGUUUCAUCCUUGGUCGUCGUCAUCAUCACUGUACUUUGCAAUGCUCCGUUAGCCAAACUGCAACACAAGUUUCAAACCAAGCUUAUGGAAGCACAAGACGUGAGAUUGAAGGCCAUGGCGGAGUCGCUAGUUCACAUGAAGAUCCUGAAACUUUAUGCAUGGGAAGCUCACUUUAAGAAAGCCAUUGAGAAGCUAAGGGAGGUUGAGUACAAGUGGUUGUCAGCGUUCCAGCUUAGCAGGGCUUACAAUAGUGUCCUGUUCUGCAACGUAUUCACAUUCAUCGCAACUCUACGUCUAGUGCAAGACCCCAUUAGGUCGAUACCGGAAGUUCUCGGAGUUGUGGUACAAGCAAAGGUUGCUUUCACUCGGAUAGAAAAGUUCCUAGGUGCACCUGAGCUGAAUGGACAAGUUAAGAGGAAAUACCACAUGGGUACCAGUUACCCGGUAGCAAUGAACUCAUGCAGGUUCUCAUGGUAUGAAGAUCCAUUAAAACCUACCUUGAAGAACAUAAAUUUGGUAGUUAAAACUGGGGAGAAGGUUGCAAUUUGUGGAGAGGUAGGAUCAGGAAAGUCGACUCUAUUGGCUGCGAUGCUUGGAGAGGUUCCCAAAACUGAAGGCACGAUUCAAGUCAGCGGGAAAAUAGCAUACGUGCCUCAGAAUGCAUGGAUUCAAACAGGAACGGUGCAGGAAAAUAUUCUCUUUGGUUCUUGUAUGGACAGCCCAAGAUAUGAAGAAACACUCUCGAGGUGCUCGUUGGUCAAGGACCUCGAGAUGUUACCAUAUGGAGACAAUACUCAAAUUGGGGAGAGAGGAGUGAACCUUAGUGGUGGUCAGAAGCAGCGCCUUCAGCUUGCUCGUGCACUGUACCAAAACUCAGACAUCUAUCUCCUUGAUGACCCUUUCAGUUCUGUAGAUGCCCACACAGCAACAAGUCUCUUCGAUGAAUAUGUCAUGGGUGCUCUGUCAGACAAGACAGUCAUUUUGGUGACUCACCAAGUAGAUUUUCUACCUGUAUUCGACACCAUUCUGUUAAUGUCAGAUGGGGUGGUUAUUCGAUCUGCACCUUAUCAAGAACUAUUCGCAGAUUGUCAAGAAUUUAAAGACCUUGUAAAUGCCCAUAAAGAUACCAUUGGUCUUCCAGAUCUUAGCAGCAGGAUUUCUCCUCAUAGAGCAAAUGAAAUAUCAACAAAGGUGAAAGACCAUAAUUAUGGAAGUGGAUACACGAAGUCUGGGAAGCCAUCACCAGCACAUCAACUGAUCAAGAAAGAGGAAAGAGAAACAGGAGAUACAGGUGUUAAGCCUUAUAUGCUUUACUUGUGCCAGAACAAAGGCUUCAUGUAUGCUUCUCUUUGUGUUAUUUCUCACAUGAUCUUCAUAGCUGGGCAAAUAGCACAGAAUUCAUGGAUGGCGGCGAAUGUCGAAAAUCCUCGUACCGGUACACUGAAGUUAAUUACUGUGUACAUUGUUAUCGGAGUUUGCACAAUGUUCUUUUUGCUAUCGAGAUGCUUAUCGGUUGUUGUUCUCGGGGUCCAGACAUCAAGAUCCUUAUUCUCCCAGUUACUUGAUUCAUUGUUCCGUGCACCGAUGUCCUUUUAUGAUUCUACUCCUCUAGGAAGGGUCCUUAGCCGGGUCUCUUCAGAUUUGAGCACUGUUGACCUUGAUGUUCCGUUCGCAUUCAUGUUUAGCCUUAGUGCGAGCUUAAAUGGCUACAGCAAUCUGGGGGUAUUGGCUGUUGUUACAUGGCAAGUUCUGUUUGUAUCUGUGCCAAUGGUAGUUCUGGCAAUCAGGUUACAGAGGUAUUACUUAGCCUCGGCUAAGGAAUUGAUGCGGAUCAAUGGCACUACGAAAUCUGCUCUAGCAAAUCACUUGGGUGAAUCAAUUUCGGGAGCUAUAACCAUAAGGGCAUUCGAGGAAGAAGAUCGUUUCUUUGAUAAAAAUUCUGAUCUUGUUGACAAGAAUGCUAUCCCAUACUUCUAUAAUUUUGCAGCAACUGAAUGGCUGAUUCAACGCCUUGAAAUAAUGAGUGCUGCGGUUCUUUCUGUUUCAGCCUUUCUCAUGGUUCUUCUUCCUCCAGGAACAUUUAGCCCUGGUUUUGUAGGAAUGGCAUUGUCGUAUGGUCUCUCCCUAAAUAUGUCUUUUGUUUCCUCUAUUCGAAAGCAGUGCAACUUUGCGAACCAAAUAAUAUCAGUGGAACGGGUGAACCAGUACAUGGACAUACAAAGUGAAGCACCAGAAUUUAUUGAAGAAAACAGACCGGGACCGGAUUGGCCUCAAGUUGGCAGUGUGGAGCUAAUAGAUUUGAAGAUUAGGUACAGAAAAGAUGCUCCACUUGUACUGCAUGGAAUCAGUUGCAAGUUUGAAGGUGGAGAUAAGAUUGGUAUUGUUGGUCGAACGGGAAGUGGGAAGACAACUUUAAUUGGUGCAUUGUUUCGCCUUACCGAACCAGCAGGAGGGGAGAUAAUUAUUGACUCUUUGGACAUCACUACGAUUGGCUUAUAUGACCUGCGUUCACGUUUGGGUAUCAUUCCGCAAGAUCCAACACUUUUUCAGGGUACUGUAAGAUAUAAUCUAGAUCCUCUCGAGCAAUUCUCAGAUCUCCAAAUAUGGGAGGUUCUCAAGAAAUGUCAACUUGUUGAAGCUGUCCAGGAGAAGGAACAUGGUUUGGAUUCACUUGUUGCGGACGACGGGUCGAACUGGAGCAUGGGCCAAAGGCAGCUCUUCUGUUUGGGACGCGCACUUUUGAGAAGGUGUCGUAUCUUAGUUCUUGAUGAAGCCACGGCCUCUAUAGACAAUGGAACAGAUGUUGUCCUUCAAAAGACUAUCAGGACAGAAUUCAAAUAUUGCACUGUUAUUACAGUAGCGCACCGUAUACCAACAGUUAUGGACUCCGACAUGGUACUUGCAAUGAGUGAUGGGAAAGUAGAGGAGUAUGACAAUCCUACAAAGCUAAUGGAAACUGAAGGAUCUCUCUUCCGCGAGCUGGUCGAAGAGUACUGCGCAUACACAUCAAACGGAACUACAUAG